AUGGAGAUGAAGGUGCUGGAGCGGCAGCUGGGAAUGGCGGCCGAUCGCGAAGUGCUGCGCAAGGCGGAGGAGCUGCUGCACCUCUGCCGGAUGGAAUUUGAUGCGGCGGCAUUUGGCAUUGGCGAUGUCUGCCAAUCCGUGCUCUGUUUCGAGAUCGCGUGCUCGAUGAUGCAAGUUCCAUUUGAUCGGCAAAAGGGAAUCAAGCUGAGUGGUCUUUCUGAUAAGGCUUACAAUAGAUCACUCACCACAGUCCAGAAUGCUCUUGGUAUCAGGACAAGCUUGAAUGUGCGCGAGCUCGCUACGUUUUGCUCCAGAUACAAAGAGCGAUUUUUGGCCACUUUACCAGAAGCACGACGUCGAAGCGCUGAUUUCGAUCACCCUGUAUUCAUCAGCGUCACAUUUUAUUUAUGCGCGAGAAAGCAAAAGCUUAAAGUUGACAAAGCUAAAUUGAUGGAGGUGUCUAGCACAUCGGACCCUGAGUUUUCCAACGUAAGCUCCAGCGAGCAAUUGUAUUGCCGAUUCUAG